GUUUCUCUUGAUAGGGGCGGGGACGGUCUAUGAUCAGCGAUCACCCCCCAUGAGUCCAAACGUCAUAUCGUCGAGACGUCUCUGCGAGGCGUUUAGCAGCUGGAAGCCCUGAUGGUUCUUCCAGGUCACCCCGGCGGCGGCAUCUACGCCCCGCUAAAGUGGAAGGAGCCCAAGGGACCCAUGGAGAACAGCCUUCUGUCCACGCCGUCCGCACGGCAGUACGGCAGCACGGCCGCACGGCAGUACGGCAGCGGCGGCUGCACCGGCGACACCUGCCCCACCUGCCGCGGCACCGGCCGCAUCCCCAGAGGCCAGGAGGACAUGUUGGUGGCAGUGAUACCGUGUAACGAUGUCAGGCUGAAGCCCCAACGCACGAAGCUGUACGUGUGCCUCUCCAUGGGGCUGUGCCUGGUGAUCUCCUGCCUCAUCCUCUACUUCCUGUUCCCGCGGGCCGUGGUCCUGGUCCCCGUGUACGUCCAGUCGGUCACCGUCUACUUCACCCCCGAGGCCGUCAGCCUGGAGGUCACGAACCUCAUCAACAUCUCCAAUGAGAACUUUUUUCCCGUUCAAAUCGUGGAGCUGGACAUUCAGGGCCUGAUCUCGAAGACCAUCAUGGGGAAGUCCAAGCAGUGCAACGUGACCCACCUGGACGCCCGCUCGCAGCUCUUGUACAACAUGAAGCUGGUCCUGUCCAUCAAUGAAGAGGGCCUGAAAACCUUCUGCCAGUCGAAAACCAUCCCCAUCCACACUCUGUUCCUGGAGCUGCAGAUUACGAUGCAGGUGUCAUACCUGUCUCACAACGAGCAGCUGUCCAUGAACAUCUACGAGUACAUCGACUGUGGCAACAACUCCACCGUUCCACACCUGCCUGCCUGACUGCCCAGGAGUCGUUUCCCAAAUGCGGUUUUGUUUGGACAUCGGAUCCAGCGGCAGAGAUCUGCUCGAUGAGUACGGAUGGCGAGCGGUGGGCAUGGUGAAGAGUGCCCCCUGCUCCUGUGUAGUGAUGAGUUUGCACCCGUUUGCAGUGCACGUGAAGCCCCAAGGCUCCUAACAGCUUCGUUUUUAGGACUGUAAUGUGAUGUUUUGUCAACUAAUUGCACUUUUAUUUGAAAUUGAUUUUGUUAAAUAUAUGCCAUGAUUGACAUGUGCUAUGUUUAUGUCAGUCUUUCCUUUUUGUAAACUGAAUCAGUGGCAUAGUGUGUGCUUUGAAGGGAAAUUAUAAUAAAGUCACCUUGGUCAAGCAACAA